AUUAGGAAUUCCAACUUCUCCUUAGCAAAGGAGUGGUUCUGGACUUCUGGAAAAGACUGUCGAGAAAAGAUGAGAUUCCGAUGAACUCUUCCAAGUAUAGUCGCGAGAGAGAUUCAUUUUGUUCUUUGCAACUUAGAGAGGAGACGAGGAAUAAGAGGGGAUGGCGCAGAGCGGGAAGGGAAUAGAGCCUGCAGUCGUGGAUGACAUAAUCAAGCGAUUGUUGGACUUCAGGAUAGCCAGGACCCCACGCCAAGUUAAACUCUCCGAAGCUGAGAUCCGCUCUAUCUGUAACGCUGCUAGAGAAAUUUUCCUUCAGCAGCCCAAUCUUCUGGAGCUUGAAGCUCCAAUCAAGAUCUGCGGCGACAUUCAUGGGCAAUAUGGUGAUCUUUUGAGGCUCCUAGAGUAUGGUGGAUUUCCUCCUGAGGCCAAUUAUUUGUUCUUAGGGGACUAUGUCGACCGUGGCAAACACAGUUUGGAAACAAUGUGCCUUUUGCUUGCAUACAAAAUCAAAUACCCUGAAAACCUCUUCCUUUUAAGAGGGAACCAUGAGAGUGCUUCAAUUAAUAGGAUAUAUGGGUUCUACGAUGAAUGCAAACGCAGAUUUAAUGUGAGACUAUGGAAAACAUUCACUGAGUGUUUCAAUUGUCUUCCUGUGGCUGCUCUCAUAGAUGAUAAGAUACUUUGCAUGCAUGGCGGUCUUUCUCCUGACCUAACAAAUUUAGAUCAAAUUAGGAACUUACCUCGCCCCUCUGAUGUUCCAGAUGCUGGAUUGGUUUGUGAUUUGCUUUGGUCCGAUCCAAGUAGGGAAACUAAAGGCUGGGGAAUGAAUGAUAGAGGAGUUUCGUACACUUUUGGUGCUGAUAAGGUAGCAGAAUUCUUAAUGCAGCAUGAUAUGGACCUAGUUUGUCGUGCACACCAGGUCGUGGAAGAUGGCUACGAAUUUUUUGCUGAGAGGCAACUAGUAACAAUAUUUUCUGCUCCCAAUUAUUGUGGUGAAUUUGAUAAUGCUGGCGCAAUGAUGAGCGUUGAUGAAAGUCUUAUGUGCUCUUUCCAGAUUUUGAAGCCGACAAAUAAGAGGGUUGGGUUUUUGUAGUACUAAUAUUUGAUCAGAAGUGUCGUAAUCUUCUUGGACAAGACUAGAUUAUGAAAGAUAUAUUCAAAUUUAUGCAAGUAGCAACACAAAUGAAAAUGGAAAACAGUGCAACAUUCACAAUUGAUUGUUGAAGGAAAUUGUUAACUGUCAAUUCAUCUUAUGCUUGAGAGAGUUUGUGGUGGAAAUUUGAAAGUAACUCUCAUAUGUGGAUGCUGUAGAAGCUGGGGGGCAAUCUUGUAAUGAUUUUUGACUUACAAAGUUACAGUAUACUAUUUAACCAUGUACAAAUAGAUUUGGUUUGUGAAAUGCUAAAUAUUAACAUUAUUGAAGGUUUAAGUUUUUAUUUGUGGUCUCAGUGUGCCUGCUAUAUAAUACGGAGUACAAAUUUUUUUAGUAA